GAAAAUGCCAAGCUAAAUCGCACCCAGGGAGAAUGGGAGGUGCAGAGGGGACCACGGGGCUCGGGGGAAACCAGGACCACAGGAAGAGGUGUGUGGAGGGUCAGAUCCCAGAUCCGGACUGACGACGGAGGGACCCACGGGGGAGAGGGAAGAAAGGACAGAAGGAGUGAGGAGGGACAUGAAAGUGGCAAGGUACGAAGACGAGGCAGAGACGGAGCAGGGCGGGCAAGGCUGUGUCCCUGUCUGUUUGUGAUUAGCACACAGCCCUGCGAAGAACGAAGAACGGAGUAAACAGAAACUUCCAGGCGUCCCCACACCCCCCUCUGAGGAGAAGCAGAAAUCAGAUGCUCUGUGAUUAAUCGUAGAGAGUUCAGGACACGACCACAAGCGCUGUGCGGACUUGAAAUUAGCUGCCUUUUCCCGUCCCCUUGCCAAGAUGGGAGUGGGGGGUGGGACGUGAGGGGGUGGGGGCCCCGCCUGCGGGGGGCCGCAUGGAAUUCUCCCUGGCAAAGCUCAGUGACACUGACGGGCAAUCGGCCGCGUCCAGAGCAGCAGGCAGCAUCCGGGGAGCGCGGGCCGGCCGGGGGGGCCCCAGGCGGCUUCCUGUAACCCCGGCUCCACGGCCGCCUACACCCGGACACAGGCCAGAUAAGAGGCCGACUGCGCUAUCAGAGCCCGGCAGUGCAAUGUCCCCUGGCCCUCAGCACCGCAAAGAAGACCAGGGGACAGUGGCUUCCUUGUGAGCAGCCUCCGAGUGGCUAGUCUGGAAGGACUUCCUCAGCCCGACCCCUGCGGCCGAUGCAGAUGCAGCGGGUGAGGGUCGCAGCUCACCUCAGCGACAGAGAAAGCCAGGCGGCCUGGAGGAGGAGGCGUGCCCCAGCCUGAACGCCUGUACCUGCUGGAUGGUGACGGCCAUGUCGGUGAGGCUGCGGUUCCUGUCCUCCGGGGACGCGGGGGCUGUGGGGGUCGUGGGCCGGAGCGCCUCCUUCGCGGGCUUCAGCAGCGCCCAGAGCCGGAGGAUCGCAAAGUCCAUCCACGGGAACUCCGUGAAGUCUCGGAUGCCUGCAAAAUCCUCCAAGAUGUACGGCACGCUCCGGAAGGGGUCUGUCUGCCCCGACCCCAAGCCGCAACAAGUGAAGAAGAUCUUUGAAGCCCUCAAGAGAGGCCUCAAGGAGUAUCUCUGCGUCCAGCAGGCGGAGCUGGAUUACCUGUCAGGUCGCCACAAGGACACCCGCAGGAAUUCGAGGCUGGCUUUCUAUUAUGACCUGGACAAGCAAACUCGCUCUGUGGAAAGGCAUAUCCGGAAGAUGGAGUUUCACAUCAGCAAGGUGGAUGAGCUCUACGAGGGCUACUGUAUCCAGUGCCGUCUGCGGGAUGGAGCCUCCAACAUGCAGAGGGCCUUCUCCAGGUGCCCGCCCAGCCGCGCCUCCCGAGAGAGCCUGCAGGAGCUGGGCCGCAGCCUGCAGGAGUGCAUCGAGGACAUGUGGCUCAUCGAGGCGGCCUUGGAGGUUCACCUGGGAGAGUUUCACAUCAGGAUGAAAGGCUUGGUGGGCUACGCACGCCUCUGUCCCGGAGACCAGUAUGAGGUACUCAUGCGUCUGGGCCGCCAGCGCUGGAAGCUGAAGGGCCGGAUCGAGUCAGACGACAGCCAGACCUGGGAGGAGGAGGAGAAGGCCUUCAUCCCCACCCUGCACGAGAACUUCGAGAUCAAGGUGACAGAGCUGAGGGGCCUGAGUUCACUGGCAGUGGGCACGGUGACGUGCGACAUCACGGACUUCUUCACCACCAGGCCGCAGGUGAUCGUGGUGGACAUCACAGAGCUGGGGACCAUCAAGCUCCAGCUGGAGGUGCUAUGGAACCCGUUUGAUACUGAGAGCUUCCUGAUGUCACCCAGUCCCACAGGCAAGUUCUCCAUGGGCAGCAGGAAGGGCUCCUUGUACAACUGGACACCCCCAAGCACCCCCAGCUUCCGAGAGAGGUAUUACCUGUCUGCCCUGCAGCAGCCAGCGCAGCAGGCUUUGCUGCUGGGUGGGCCAAGGGCCACCCCCAUCCUCAGCUACCUAUCUGACAAUGACCUUCGAGGCCCGGGCCUGCGGAGCCAGAGUCAGGAGCUGCCUGAGAUGGACUCCUUCAGCUCCGAGGACCCCCGAGACACAGAGACCAGCACCUCAGCCUCCACCUCGGAUGUGGGGUUCCUGCCCUUGGCCAUUGGCCCCAACACCUCCAUUGAAGAGGAGGCCCAGGAGGACGCCCAGCCCCUGGGUCUGCUGCCAGAGAUAGCCCAUCUGGCGGGAGCCGCCUUCGUGGAGCAGCCUGGCUGGAGGAAUUUGGGAAUAGAGGACCCCGACCUGCCAGGAGGCUCCCCAGUGCACAACCAUACAGCCCCAGGCAGCCAGAAGGACCAUGACGAAGGAGAACCCGAGGACAGAGUGGAUGGGCCAGAGGUGACCCUUGAGAGGCCCCUGCAAGAGGUCCUGGAUUUACUGCGCUCCGUGGACCCCCAGCCACAGCUGCGGGAGCUGGAGUACCAGCUUCUCAGCUUCAGGGACCGGCUGAAGCCCCGCCGAGCCCCCCAGGAGCACGCCUCCGCCGAGAGCCUGAUGGAUUGCAUCCUGGAGAGCUUCGCCUUCCUCAACGCCGACCUCGCCCCGCAGGAGCUGUCCCUGUUCGGGGGCUGCCCGGGACCCCGAAAGGACAGGAUCCCGUUGCCCCCAAGGAAAGCGUCAUCUAGGGGGCUCACGGCCGGCACCCUGGAGCUGGACAGGUUGCUCACGGUCCACCUCCAAGUCUGCAAAGUUCUGUUGCAGAAACUGGCCUCUCCUAACUUGUCGAGGGUGGUCCAGGAGAGCCUUCUGGAAGAAGCUGCGCAGCAAAAGCAGGUUCUGGAGAUGCUUUCUGUGCUCGAUUUUGAGAAGGUCGGCAAGGCAACAUCCAUCGAAGAAAUCGUUCCGCAGGCCGCUCGGAGGAAGGGGUGCCUGAAGCUGUGGGAAGGGUGCACAGAGCCCGGCAGGGUCCUGUCCUGUGCCGGCACCACGCUGCUGAACCAGCUCAAGAAAACGUUCCUGCACAGAGUCCGAGGGAAGUACCCGGGACAGCUAGAAAUAGCAUGCAGGAGGCUCCUGGAGCAGGUGGUCAGCUGUGGGGGGCUGCUCCCCAGAGCCGGGCCUCCCGAAGAAGAGACGGUCACCUGGUUCCAGUUCCACAGCUACCUGCAGCGGCACAGUGUCUCUGACCUGGAGAAGCAUUUUGGCCGGCUCACCAAGGAAGUGACCCUCGUCGAGGAGCUGCAGUGCGCAGGGCAGGGCAAGGCGGUCAGGAAGCUGCAGGGGAAGCGGCUGGGCCAGCUCCAGCCCCUGCCCCAGACACUGAGGGCCUGGGCGCUGCUCCAGCUGGACGGGCCCCCCCGAGUGUGCAGGGCAGCCAGUGCCCGCCUGGCCAGAGCAGCCAGGAACAAGAGCUUUCGGGAAAAGGCUUUGCUCUUCUACACCAACGCUCUGACGGAGAACGAUGCCAAACUCCAGCAGGCCGCGUGUGUGGCGCUCAAACACCUUAGGGGCAUCGAAAGCAUCGAUCAGAUUGCCAGCUUGUGCCAGUCUGACCUGGAGGCCGUGAGAACAGCAGCCCGGGAGGCCACACUGUCAUUCGGUGAGAAAGGACGCCUGGCUUUUGAGAGGAUGGACAAACUCUACUUGGAACAAACAGAAGAGGCCUUCUGCCAGGAGGCGGAUGUUGAAAUCACGAUAUUUUAAGCCUUGGCUGAUGAACUCCAACGUUGGCUUCCUUGUCUUCGUUCCCACCCAGCCCUGACAGGAACAGAGUUUGGGGUGGGGGGUGCGCUGUGUGCUCCCCACUAGGUGUGAGCUGGCCUGCGCUCCUCCCUCCGUCUCAGACCAGUCACGACUUCUAGGGGCACAAAUAAGGCCUUCCGUACUGGAGCAGACGAGGCUGGCCGGUACUUUGAAGGUUGUACGACUAACCACAUGAUCAGCUUUUUGGUCCUGACAAUGUGUCUGACCUUCCCCAGCGAGCUGCAUGGCAAAAGGGCCAAGGCCAGGCAGGAUGAGGCCUGGAGGGAAAGGUUCCAAGAGGAAUGCACGACACUUGGGGUUCUCCCCGCAGGUUCUGGUUCAGUGAGGACUGGGAAUGAACUGGCAAGCAGGCGGACUGCUCUUGCUGAGGAGGACACGGCGGGUCCCAUCAGCAGCAGCGGGCUGUCCCCUCUGCAGGCUGGGGACAGUGGGAAGAGGGAGCUGGGGUUUCACAAUUCAUGCUCUUAAGCCGAGCUGCAGCCCGAAGGUUUCGCUGUGGAGCCUGCUGACCACAGACCUUAUUCUCCCGUGUUCAACGGCACAAAGAAGAAAAUGCCACCGGCCGAGCAACCCUGAGUGUCGUGGCAGGAAGUGUUCACCUUGCCCUCUCCCAUCAUCAGGGAACAGAACUCUUGAAGCAAGUCAACGUGACGCCUUUUAUAGGGUUAGACAGUUAAUAAACUGUUUUGGAAGCCAUAAACUGGUUUGAAAAAAGAUUUCACUGAAGAACAUGUUUAAGGAAAAUUAGUUUCCUAUUUAAAUCUAUUAAAAAAACCUCAAAGAUGCCCUGAGCUGCUUUUGUGCUGAGCCGCAGAGACAGCCUGUGGGAUGAAUGCGACUCCCGACAGUGGCGCUGGGGACUCUGAGUGAAGGCUUCUCAUGUAAACUUCCUGUAUAUGUUCUGUGCUUUUAGACUGAAUUUAGUAUUUAUUUGCCUUGUCCUUAGGUUCGAUUUUCUGAAAUUUCGAUUAAAACGAUUUGUCUGGGUGUUUCCCUUUACCUGGAAAAAGCAGAGCAUAGUGGUUGUUUCCCCAAACCUCCCAUGGAGGGACAAAGCGGCCCCCACAAGCCCGUCCCGAAGGUGCUCUCUGUGCCGUCGGUAUUCCGCGUGUUCGCGAAGCCUCCCCGAGAGCCCGCUCCUACACAGACACCAAGCAGCACGGCCCCUCCUCGUCUUGCCCUUGGCCUCAUCUGAUUUCUGUGCCAGUUAUGAUUUCAGCCAUUUUUCUCCCCCCCACACUGGCAUUCCACCACUUCCUGAAAGCUUAGAUGCCAUUUUGUAUCUGAAACAAAGACUGAAGUGACAGUGGGUGUGACACCACCUUCCCAUGGCCACAGUCCUCUGCGGCGUUCCAAGGUCACAUGACCACAGUCUGUGGAUCCUGCCAGGAGGCCCAAGCGGCCAAUCACACAGCCCUGGAGGGUAUAAGGGAACUCUGUACUAUUUCUGCAACACUCUAUAAAUCUGAAAUUAUUUCAGAACAAGGAGUCAACCACUCACUUUAGAGAAGAUGAACGGCGUACAAGGAAGGACUAGGUGAAUGUUCUAUCCUGUCACUUCUCCAGCAAGCACAGCUCGACAGAUACUGAGGAGGACGCGUUCUGAGCAGUCCUCCAAGCAGUCUGGGUGGUUUGCUAAGGUAGCCCGAGGCCCUGGGCAUUCAGAAGGUGGCUUCUGUUGUCGUCCAAGAAGCUGGGUUGACGCCGGAAGUGUCACAUAAACUCACCAGGAAGGGAAUGGUUCCCCAGCUCAAAGGUGAGCACAACCCCAGG